AUGGGGGCUGUUGAAGAAGGGUGUGCUAGCCAAGGCUUUUUUGGAAGCUCCAGUGCAGCUGGAUUUAUGCGUCAAAUCAAAACGGCAAUAGACAAAAGGAUUUCGUCACCGGACCCGCACUCCCUAACUCCGAGCUUAGCUCUUCGUUCUAGCCUGCUAUCUGGACGCCGCGAAGGUCUAUCAUCAGGUACAUCGUACACGCAGAACUAUGUUCUACCACCUAGAAGAACAGCCGAUCGGCUCAUGAGUGUGUACUGGGAGUAUGUGUUCCCAUUGUACCCUUUCGUUGACAGCAAUGCGAUGAAAGUUGAAUAUACAAAUGUGUGGAAGGGGGAAACUUUGCAGCGUGAUGAACAUAUGGUGAUGUGCACGUUCAACGUGAUAUUCGCAUUGGCCAGUCAGUUGGCCGAUUUUAUCCCCCCCGAAGAACGGGAGAGCUCAGCAGAUAUCUUCUUUUCAAGGUCGAAGGAUCUUUUCCAAUUCAAUCUGUGGGAUACUGGAUCUGCUGGUUUGAUCCAGUGUCUGCUCUUGAUGGCCCAAUAUUUGCAGAGUACUGAUUCAGCACACCAAUGUUGGAUAGUGACAGGGCUAGCUAUUCGCAAUGCUCAAAGCCUGGGUCUUCAUAUGCCACAGACAGUUGCAAGUUUUAGGAGCUUUCAUGAACAGCAACUGGCGCGAAAACUAUGGCAUGGUUGCGUUUUAAUGGAUAGAGUAAUAUCCAUGACCUUUGGAAGACCUGCAAUGAUAUCUAGAUUCUCUAGCGAAACAGUCCCGCUACCGAAAGCUGUUGAUGACGAAUUGAUCAUAGCAAGCAACAUUUCAGAGCCGAUGCAGCCUGAAAGCAAGCCAUCUAUCAUGGCUUUCUAUGCAAAGACUUUGGAGCUAUACGAGAUUAUGAACAACGUUUUGCUGAGUCUUUACAAGCCGGUACUUGAUGACUCUCAGGAGGAUAUGCACGAUUUCUACUUCAAUAGCAAUGUCAAUGAAGGAGAUCGGUCAAUCUUUGAGUUAGAUCGCUCACUCACUCAAUGGACUCGCAGCCUACCUUCUCAUCUUCAAGGCGACUCAUCUGUCAACUCAGAAAAUUUAAUAUUCAUGAGGCAGAGUAUUGUAUUACGUGAAAGGUUUCUUCAUGUACGCAUGCUUCUCUUUCGACCUACCCUAUCAAAAUAUUGUGGUCUACGAGAUAUGAGCCCAGAGCAAUCAAUGAUUCCUAUUCAAGACUCGUUUCCGCACCGUGUCGCCUCUCAAUGCUCGAUCAUCUGUGUCCAAGCUGCACAAGAAUCCAUUCAAUUGAUUUAUUCAAAUAUCCCCAGUAAUGGUAGUGGUGGUCCUCUUCCAGCAUGGUGGUAUAACAUUUUGUACGUGUAUACAUCUGCUACAGUUCUACUCGCCGGAAAGCUGUGUCCCGCUAUAAAAGCAGAGAUCCCCAUCACUACAAUCUCUCACUCCUGGAAUUGUGCACUCGAAAUUCUCCGGAAUUAUCAGAUUUAUAGCAAGUCAGCAAGACGCUGUGUAGCAGCGCUUGAAAUACUACACGAGAAAGUGGUUCAUGAAGGGCAGCUGCCAGCUGACGAUGUUUUCGGCUCCAGCGACUCUGCGAAUAUAUUAAAUGAUCUUUCAUUCGGAGAGGGAAUGAAUGCUGCUGUGAUGGAAGGGUUUGAUUUGCCGGACUUUCAGGACAUGUCUUGGUUAAAUAGUGUUCCGAGUAACCUAUUAUAA